AUGACGAACUUUUCGUUGAAUGUAGAUCUGAAACGUUAUUCAAGCUAUUUAGAUUAUGUACCGGCUCCUCAGGGAUUCCAUAGCACCAAGAUUCCCACGAAUAUCAACCAAUGGCGACAUUUCCAGGGAAAUGGGAACUUCAAGAUUAGUUUGGAACAGUACAGUUCGGAUGAGGGUAUGAUGCAGCUGGUGAUGGACGCUCGAGUGAUGGAGCAAAUUACAUGGAAUACAAAAGAUCUGUUGAGGCAAAUAGCUCAGUGCUCUGCCAAAUAUCCGGCUGUGCUAUGUAAAUAUCUGGUCAUCUUACAAGGAACAGUAUUUCUGAGACGAUUCCAGGUGGGUUUCAGUAACGUUAUCGAAUUUGAGAGAUUCUGUGAAGCAUUGCGUUUGCUGGGGUUUCCUAUAAAAAUGGCACCAGUAUUUCAUGCGAGCCAGUCACACUUGCAAUCAAUCACAGAGUCUAUCAUGAGCUCUCAGUAUAGUUUAGAGAAGCCCUAUUCAACCCCUCCAGACUCACAAAUAAGUGGCAUGAGUGUUACCCAAAACAGUCAGCGCCAAACGCCAUUGUACGUUUACAACAAAAACGAUUGUCAAAGUCAGUUUGCAGGCGUUUAUAAUAUUUCGCAAUCUGGCAAGGGGUUGGAUACACAAAGCUUCUCACAAACCAUGAACGACUCUAUGACACAGGAAAUGAAUGAAAUUGACACGCGGGUGGCUAGGUUACAGCAAACAGAGAUGUGGCCUGAUAGUGAAAGCAAGAACUCCAAUUUUGCUGAAAUUUCAGAUACCAACUCCUUUAAUAAGUCAACCGGCGUGGAAAUUCCCUCUGCCUCAAAGCAAGGGAAAGCAAGUGGGAAAUUGAUAACGGAUAAAUUUCUGAACCGUUCGAAUCAAGCUACGUUUGACAAUUCAGAUCGUACUGUUUCUAGCCAAGCGCCAGAAGAUUCCAUACCAAGCGGUGUUGCUGUAUCAAUCUCGAAUAAUACGCUCUCAAGCACAAAUGAUAGUUCAGAACUGAUUGAGAAAUUCCCCAUCUGUUCUAAUGAGACAUUCUAUGAAGAUUCCACACGCCAAAAAGAGCCUUCAUUAGUCCCAGUUUCAGGUACACCAUCCAAUACACGACAUCAGGAGGACUUGAUCAGCACAAAAGCGCUUUUAACGCAUCCAUUAGAGGGGUUACGUCAAAAUCGACUCUUGUCUGUAUCUCAGCAAACCGAAAAGUCUACAUCUACCAAACCUAGACCGAUCAUUUCGCCACAUGUAAUCAACGAAAAGCUCAAAGACGCCGCAUUUACCUCAUGGGUAUGUUCCAAAAAAAAACCGCUUUUAUUAAUCAUCAUACUUCUAACUAACUAG